AUGCCACCAAACUAUAAUAGAAAAACUGAAAUAAAAUAUAGGCUAGAGGAUUUAAAAAAGGCCAUAAAAGACGUGAAAAAUAAAACUUUUUCAUUAAGUCAAGCCUCUUUAGCUUAUUCGGUGCCUAAAACCAUAUUAUUUGACUAUUGCAAGAAAGAAUUCAUAACACAACCAAGAGGUGGAAGAAAAUGUAUAUUCUCAGAUGCACAAGAAAAAGAGUUAAAAGAAUAUAUUGUCAAAUGUAGCCAGGUUUUUUAUGGGUUAACAAUUGAAAUGGUGCGAAAAAUUGCUUUUAAAUUUGCUGAACAAAAUAAGUUGACCCAUAAAUUUAAUAGGAAAACCCAAUUGGCAGGUAAAGACUGGUAUUAUUCUUUCAUAAAAAGACAUUCAAAUAUUUCAUUGAGAAAACCUGAGCCCACUUCAUUAAACAGAAUAAAUGGAUUUAAUGCAACAGAAGUAAAAAUGUUUUUUGAAAAUCUGGAAACUUUACAAAAAACUUAUCACUUUGACCCUAAUCAUAUAUGUAAUGUUGAUGAGACCGGUAUUUCUAAUGUUCAACGAAAUUCCAAAAUCUUAGCCCUUAAGGGCCAGAAACAAGUUGGGAUGGCAACCAGUGCGGAAAGAGGUUCAACAACUACAGUUGUUUGUGCAUUCAGUGCUUCAGGAAAGUAUAUUCCUCCAUUUUUUGUAUUUAAAAGAAAACGCAUGAAUAAUCAGUUGUUGCUGGCAAUGCUGAUAUGCUUGCUACGGUCAGUGACUCAGGUUGGAUCAAUGAAAAUUUAUUUGUGGACUGGCUUAAUCACUUUAUCUCAUUUGCUAAACCAACCAAAGACGAACCUGUGUUAUUAA